CCAAUCAAUAGACAGAGCCUAGCGGCCUUUUCCGUCUAGCUGGUUGGCAGAAACCCAUCACGUGACCGAUUCAAGCAGGCGUAUUCGGGUAAUUUCGACGUUUGGCGGGUUAUGUUCGUUGCAACCGUGCUUGAGUUUGGAUAUUGACUGUAGUGAAAUUUGUGGCGUUCUUUUAACUGGAAAAAUAUGGCUGGCGGUAAAGCAGGCAAAGACAGCGGCAAAGCUAAAGCGAAGGCGGUUUCUCGAUCGGCCCGUGCGGGAUUACAGUUUCCAGUCGGAAGAAUUCAUCGGCACCUAAAGAAUCGUACUACAAGCCAUGGUCGUGUUGGGGCAACGGCCGCCGUCUAUUCCGCCGCUAUUCUGGAAUACUUAACUGCUGAGGUGCUUGAAUUGGCAGGCAAUGCCAGUAAGGACUUAAAAGUCAAGAGAAUAACUCCUCGUCAUUUGCAAUUGGCCAUUCGAGGAGACGAAGAGUUGGAUAGCCUCAUUAAAGCCACAAUUGCUGGUGGAGGUGUCAUCCCACAUAUUCACAAAUCUUUGAUUGGGAAGAAGGGAGCCGGGCAUUCGCAACCCUCAUAAAAAACACUGGCUAGAAUUAAAAUAGUUUUAAUGUUAACGUUAAGGUACAUUUUCGAAUGAAUGUUUUUCAAAUUGUUGCUCACACGGGCCCUUAUGUAGCGUAAGGGUUGCAACUGAUUUGUCCCUUAGAAAUGGAUGUUCCGUUGCAAAUCCAAAUUUUGUUUUUAUAAUUAUUUGUUUCUGAUGUCUGAAUAAAGUUUCUUUCAUGUGCCUUGUACAAUUUGUGCUUAGGUAUUUUUACAAAUUGCUGAUAGACUUAAAUAGUACUUUUAUUGUCUUGUAAAAGUCUGUGUUCAUUAUCAAUAAAUAAAAAUUUUUCUAAAA